GUGGGGAAGCCUGCAAUGCAGAAGGGGGCCAGCCCACCGCAGCAAAUGGCCAAGGUGAAAUUUGGAGGAGGAGGGCCCAGACAGAAGCCAAGGCCUGGGAGGUGCUCAGGUCAGGUGCAGCGGGAGCUAGAGCCAGAGAGGGUUGGGACGGAGCCGGGGGCCACGGAAGCCACACGUGGGAGACAGGUACAUGCCCAUCACUGCCCCGGUCCCAGGCGCAGCAGCCCAGACACACCACCUGGGCUGCUCCCGUCUUUUCUUCCUUUUUCUGCAGCGGAAGGGUAUUCUGGAGAUGAUGGGGAUACAGAGGACGUCGUUGCAGUCCUUCAGGAGUCCGUCAGACUCCCCCUGGAAGUUCCAGCCGAUGAAGAGGUUGAGAAUAUCGUCUGGUCCUCUCAUGUAAGGCUUGCCACCGUGGUCCCUGGGAAAGAGGGGCAGCCGGCCACCGUUGAGGUGACCAACCCUCGAUACAAGGGCCGAGCGAGCUUUCCCGACCCCAGCUACUCCCUGCACAUCAGCAAUCUCAGCUGGGAGGACUCAGGGCCGUACCAGGCUCAGGUCAACCUGAGGACGUCGCAGAUCUCCAUCGUGCAGCGUUACCAUCUACGUGUGUACCGCCGGCUGUCAGAGCCUCGUGUCACCGUGAACUUUGAGAUCUCUCAGGAAGAAGGCUGUAAUAUAUCUCUGACCUGCUCUGUGGAGAAGGCAGGCCUGGACAUGACCUAUAGCUGGCUAUCCAGGGAGGAUGGAGUGGACACAGUGCACGAGAGCUCUGCCCUCAGCACAUCCUGGCGGCCUGGGGACAAUGCCCCCUCUUACACCUGCAGGGCCAGCAACCCCGUCAGCAGCAUCACUUCCCGCCCCAUCCCUGCCGGGUCCUUCUGUUCAGGUACCAGGCCCCUGGGGACAGCCCCGAGCUACUGCAGGGCUCUCAGCUACCACCGCCCUCCCUCCGUUUUUCCCAGGAGAGUACCUGGUACCCAGAACCGCACUCCUCCCCAUGGGACCUGGUCCCCUGGGCUGGGGACGGGGCCGGCGCUCCCAACUCCCAAAGGUUCUCAAGUCUCUCGCUCAGCUUGAGAUCAUUCCCUGCAUCUCAGCUCCUGACUUCUGUGAUCAGAACACACAUGUCCAGGGACCCGUGCCAAGGAACAGCAAUUGGCUGUGAACUUGAGACCCCUCUGUGGGAUCUGGGCUGGAUGUCCGCC